AUGUUCAAAGUGCAAAAGUUUCCAUCUCCUGAAAGGCCCCGGGCAUUACAACCUCAAGAAUCUCCGCACAAGCAAGGAGCCGCACGGUCCUGCCUCGGAUGCCAUCGGCGCAAAGUCCGCUGUGACCGCGGCGUCCCUUGUACAAACUGUGCAAAAGGCGGUUUCACCUGCGUAUAUCCCACGAAAGAACGCGAUGAGAGGAUUCCCUCACUCCAGCGGAUUGCCAGUCGCCUCGAGCGACUGGAAAAUAUCAUUUCCGGGUUGCCUCCGGAGCACGGCGCGGAACCUCUCGACGAACCAGGAACUCAAGUUGCACGACGCGCAGAGCAAUCUCCGCCAACUCGAAACUCGCAAGGUUCCUGGGAGCUAUUGCUCAACGAUGGACAAGCUGUUCACUAUGUCAACAAUUCGAAUAUUAAAGAUCUUCUGCAAGAUGAAGAGCGAAUCCAAGCGGCUCCAACUGCGAGCCCUAAACCCGGAAUGCCGUCCACGCAACCAACGCCUCAUUCCCAUGCAACGCCCGCGCAACAGAGCCCUCUGCUGGAUAACAUAUCGGACAUAUUAGAAUUCUACCCCGAGCCACAACUCGCGCUUAAACUCUGGGCAGUCUAUGUCGAGUCGGUCGACCCUGUGAUGAAAUUACUGCAUAUUCCUACAGUGCAGACAUCGGUCAUUUCCACCAUCUUAGACCCGAAGGCCGCGGGUCGGUCCAUGGUUGCGUUGACAUAUGCUAUCUAUUUUGCCGCCGUUAUUGCGCUUGACCAGAAUGGUGGAGAAAAUUGCGCUGCCCACCGACUUCUGAUCGUGACGGAUCUCAUGAAUUGGCCUGAGAUGACCGCCUUGCAAGCCCUGACCAUCUAUGUGACAUGUCUACGAGUCAACGAAACAGGCCGCAGCAUAUGGGUUCUCAUUGGACUCGCCAUCCGGCUGGCCCAGGCUAUCGGCUUACACCGCGAUGGGGCAUCCCUCAGGCUCAGUCCCUUUGAAACGGAGAUGCGGCUCCGUCUCUGGUGGCAUCUAUGUGUGCUGGACGCUCGUGCCCCCGAGGACCAUGGUUUUGAGCCCACAGUCAACCCGUGGGAUGGAGAGCUGAGACUCCCGCUCAACAUCAAUGAUGAUCAAAUUUAUCCGAGGAUGACGCAGCUUCCAGCUGAGACGAGGGGCUGGACCGAAAUGUCUUUCUCCCUCCUCCAAACCGAAUUGCUGAUGCUCCUCCGGCCUGCCAUUGGGACCCAGGCGCACAGGUCAGCAGACGUGGACGCGGACAUCCGAGCGAGAAAACAACUCGUGGACGAACGCAGUGAAGCGUUACUCCGACGCUACGGCGAUCUAGCCCGAGAGUCCAACGAGCUCUGCCGUCUUGCAUUUCAACAUUUCACAAUUGGUCGCUACAAGAUGCACUUUAUCCUCCAGCUCCGGGAGGAAAUCAGCGAGCAGAAGCGCAAAGGUUCGCACCCAGGCGGUCGCGACGGGCCAAAUCUCUCUUUCAAAAUCGCCUGCGACGUGCUGCAGGUCUACUACAACAUAACGAAAGGCCAUCUGGCGUCCAGAUAUAAAUGGCUUUUUGCGACAUACACGCAAUGGUACGCGGUGGCAUACGUUCUGCGCUGUCUCUGCCGGCAUCCCGAUGCCCCGGAUGCAGAACACGUCUGGGCCCUCGUGGAGGGCGUUUUCCCUCAUGUGCUGCGACACGAUCAAUCGGGAGUGAAUGACGGCAAUGGGAACUCUCCUAUCUGGGGCUGUCUCAUUCUCUUGCGAAAACAGGCUCUGCUGCUCAAAGAAUCGUAUGCAUCGGCACGAGGGCCUGAUUUGGCGGCGCAAUCCUCGCGUGGCCAUCAGCCGUCUCAGCUUCCCGGCAGUGGCGAUCCCUCUCAGGGCCUGGACGUGCAGUCUUCCCAGCCAGUGGAAUCGGUUCAUUAUAUGCAGGACAUGGGCCAUGGUCCACUACCUGAACCACACCAACCCAUUUUCUCUGAUUUGGAAUUUUCGAUGCCGGAGAUUCCGUUUCUACCGGAGUGGGAUGCCGUUAUUAACGGUUGUCUGAAUAAUGGCAAUGAUACGGGCAUCUUCUGA